GCUCUCUCAGAAAAAAUACACACUAUCAGGUUCUUGGGCUGCGCAGAAAGCAAGAGAGAGGCAGAAGGAAGAAAGGAUCAAGACGGGAGUGAAACUGACAGGCUUCUUUCAGGUGAUGGAUCACAAAACUGGGUGGGAAGGUAUGGAGCCCAUCAAGCGCACAGAGCUGGUGGACGUUGACGGCAUCCCUCUUCUCAAAAACACAGCAGAUAACUGGCAGCGCCUUUGGGCCUUCAAAGCUCGGCCCGAUGACCUUCUCAUUUGUACCUACCCCAAAGCAGGGACUACCUGGAUACAGGAAAUUGUGAGCAUGAUCCAGCAUAGAGGAGACCCUCAGAAAUGUGACCAGGUCCCCAUCCAUCAACGGAUUCCCCUCAUAGACAUGUUCCCUCCAAAACAUUUCCCCCGAGGCCAGUUGUCACCCUCUGGUGUUUCAGGCUUGGAACAAGCAGAGACAAUACCUUCUCCGCGCACACUCAAAUCUCACCUCCCAGUCCAGCUGCUGUCUCCUUCCUUCUGGGAACAGAAUUGUAAGAUCAUCUACGUUGCCAGGAAUGCCAAGGACAACGCAGUCUCCUACUUCCAUUUCUACCACAUGAACAAGGGGUUGCCAGAGCCAGGAAACUGGGACGAGUUUCUGGAGAACUUCCUUGCAGGAAAACUUGUCUGGGGCUCUUGGUUUGACCAUGUUUGUGGCUGGUGGGAGGCCAAGGACCGACACCCAAUUCUGUACCUCUUUUAUGAAGACAUGAAAGAGGAUCCGGCCCGGGAAAUCCGGAAAGUAGCCCAAUUUCUGGGCCUACAACUCCCUGAUCCAGUUGUGAACCAGAUUGUGCAGCAUACAAUGUUUGAGAACAUGAAACUAAACCCAAUGACUAACUACAGCUCCAUUCCGUCUUUGAUCUUUGACCAAACUGUGUCACCCUUCAUGCGAAAAGGCACCGUAGGAGACUGGAAGGAGCACUUCACAGUGGCACAAAGUGAGCGGUUUGAUGAUGCCUGUGAACGGUUAUUGGGGGGCAGCAACCUGAUCUUCCGCACACAGUUAUAAGAACAUCUCCCUGCUACCAGUUGAGACUUCCUCCCUAACAUUCCUGGAGCGGACAUUUAUGGGGUUCUACCCUUUGUUAUUUCUGCCCUCAGUACACCCUCUGAAUUUCGUGCACACAACUAAGUUAGGUCCACUGACUUCAGUAGGCCUACUCUGAGUAGAAGCUGGAAAUAACCCGUUAGAUUGAACCUUCUUUCAUUUGAUUCAGUUUUCUUUGCUUCCUUUAAAGUGGGGGGGUUUGGGGGGAGGCUGCUUUGCCAAGCCCUGUAAGGUGGGAUCAGCUGUCUUGGCUCCUUUCUUUCUCCCUUCCAUGUCAAUUGACCAGGAAGGGAUAAAGAAAGGUGUGUUUUUCAGUCAAUCAUAAGUUUAUUAUUCUAGCCAAGUUCAUAGCAAUAUUAUACAGAACAUACAUCCAUGAUAUAAACCAACAACCAUGGUGUAAAGAGGGGGGGAAAGAAGACUGGAUAAAUGCUAGGCAUGAAAUGACUGAAAUGGCAUCAUAGACCGUGCAGUGAUAUCAAAGAAAUGCUGCAUAGCAAAUAUAUGACCAGCCAGCUUUUUAUGAGCAAUGCCCCAAAUAUUGUGGAUGUCUUCCAGAAAAUCGUCACAGAACCUAGAUCCUACCUGAUACAUUUCUACAAUUACUAACAACACACUAUAACACCUUGGCUGGUUUGAGGUUGAUCAGGAAGCGCAUUUCAAGGGCAAAAAUAUAUAUGCAAUAGAUCUAUAUUACGUAUGCAGUAUGCAGAAAACCAAGUACGCAAGCCUCAACUGAUGCUAGGACAAAAUGUCAAGUUGCUACAAUCUAUCUUGGGGGAUUAUGGGAUGCAGUCCUUGGAUCUUCUAUUCACUGAACUGUAUUGUGUAAUUGUGUAAAUGUAUGUGUUUUAUAUGUUAAUAAAAUUUAAAUUAAAAAUUAAAAAAAGAACUGUAUUAACUCCUAAAAAUAUGUGUUUCUGUAGUAAAACAGGAACCAAGGUCCCUUGCCGUAAUAUGAAUCGCUCAAGGGCCCUGCCCCCGAGAGGAAAUGCCGGAGGCAUAUUACCAGGGGGUCGCAUGGCCUCUCUGCAGGGAUACUUGCUAUAGAGGGUUAAAGAACAUUGGGUGGAAAAUCAGGC